UUACUAAUCGGAGAGCAUAAUUGACUGGACAGAACUCUGAUCUCAAAUUAUCCAGUCAGACAGAUAUUAAAGACCAAUUCAAUAGUUUAAUAAAUGGAGAGAUAUCCUGGGACCAAGGGAUCCAUGUUGGUCCCAGGGCUGGGCGUCUGAUCAUCUCAAGGAAUCCAGCAUCCAGCCGGCAGCAAUGAAUGUGAGUUCUUAAUGCUAUAUAUAGCCACAUGGCUUAGCUACAGGGGUAGACCAAGGCAUCGGCCGAAUCAGAACACUGAGAGCGGGAAGUUACAGACAAAGAAGGGGACAGAAGUGGGAAACUUCUGUCAGGAUGAGGGGAGGCCAUAAAUUCUUACUAAAAGCCAGAGACAGGAUGUCUGAAUAAACAGAGGUCUGGAAGUUCAAAUUCCCCCCUUAUCUUGCUUACAUUAACAAUUUACAACCCCAGAGCAAAUGGUCCCCAGUCUUAAUAGACCAGAGAGGGGGUUUUAUAGUUUAGGGGAUUGAGACAGAAUAGUUAAGGAAACAGACAAAAACUAGUGCAGGGAAACUGAGUCAGGACAGUUAAAGAGGACUGUGGGCUAACACCCCAACUUCUUUGCUGUUCUAAAGACACUCCAACUUCUGGCAUUUUUGCUGCUUGUUUACUGUGCCUGGAAUGUUCUCUCGUUUUCUCCCCUUACCCGCUUCCUUCAAGUGCCAAAUAAAAAUCUACUAUUUGCGGGAAGCCAUUCCCAGUCUCCUCUGCAUAGUAAUGUGCUUUCCUUGUUAAUUAUUUUAAAUUUAUCUUGUAUUCAAAUUUUCUGAAGUUAUUUGCAAGUUGUCUCUUCCGUUAGACUUCAAGCUCCUUGAGGACAGGGGCUGUCUUAUGCUUUUCUUUGAAUCCCCCGGGCUUAGCACAGUGUGUGGUAUAUAGUAAAUGCUUAUUAACUCAUCGGUUGAACGGCCCCAUUUUAAACAUGUGAAUUUGUGUUUAGGCCACAAGAUGAGAGAAGAGAAAUGAGAAAGUUCUAAAAAACACGUCUGCUCUUAGGAAUUCGAGUGAGUUGUUUCUGUUCCUCUGACCUGUUUCUCUCUUCACACCACAAAGAGAAACGAGGAAAUCUUACUUUGGGAGAUGAGCAUGUAAAAGGUUCUACUAUUUAUAGAUACUAUGUAUCUACGGUACGGCCUCAGAAAGUUGUGGUGAGGCUCAAAUGAAACAAAGUAUCUAAAGGGCUUUUCUAACUUUACAAUGCUACAUAUAUUCAAAUUGCGGCAGUAAUAGAGGAACGUCCGAGCUCCGGAACUGAAUACUGAGAGCAAUCGCUUUUGUCCGGGAGAAUUACACGAUGUUUUCCGGUCGGAAAGGAUUUAGGAAGCCUACUUCCGUUUGCGGGCCGAAGUGGGGGGAGGAGGGGGAUGUCCUCGCUACCUUUUACAAUCUGUCAGGUAAAAAUGGGGAUAGUUGCUUGUGUCAUCGGCAUGCUGGUCGUGCGUAUGGGGCAUAGUGGCAGAGCUGAGGCUAAUGCUCUUUUCUAGACGCCACAAACGAUCUCGGAAGCCGCACUGAGAACCCAGAGCUAGUUUCUGCCCGGAACCUCGUUUGGGUGCUCUCCCGCGGAGUUGCGGCUGCGCAUUGAGCCUCAUUGCCGCCGCCGCCGCCUCUGCUCUGCCUCUGCCUCUGCCUCUGCAGCCGUCGCUGCUCCUCUUUGGCUUAUCGCUCUACUUUUCCUGAGCUCUUCGCUGUCCCGACUCCAGGCUCCAUAGGGAUCGGAAGGAAAUGCACCAGACCAUCAGUUAGAAACCUAUGGAGUUUAAGAAAGCAAUGGAUUUCAAUGGAAUUCAUUAAAGAAUUUUGUGACUGACGUUUUAAAAUGGUAAAAGCUCAGCAGUGUGUGGUGUCUAACAAGUUACCUAGGAAGAGGCCAUAUAUUUGUAAUAUAUGCUUCAAACACUUUGAAACACCAUCAAAAUUAGCUAGACAUUAUCUUAUUCACACUGGUCAGAAGCCAUUUGAAUGCCAUGUGUGUCAUAAAACUUUUAGACAACUAGUUCAUCUGGAAAGACAUCAGCUAACUCACAAGCUUCCAUUUAAAUGCAGUAUUUGUCAACGACACUUUAAAAAUCUAAUAACCUUCUUGAAACAUCAGCAACUCCACAAUGAAACCUACCAGAAUGAUGUAAAGCAAGUCAAAAGAUUGGCAGAAUCCAAGCAAGAGAAGCCAACUUAUGGAGCAUAUCGUUCUUUUUCAACAGAAGAGAGGUGGGUAUUACACCCAUCCUCCAAGUCAGAUCAUGUGUAUGGCACUGCAAGGAGAAGAAAGAAAAUCCAUGCAUGUGAUACCUGCAGCAAGAUGUUUCCAUCCCGCUCAAAGCUGGAAAGACAUUUACUUAUUCAUACUGGCCAGAAACCUUUUAAAUGUUCUCUUUGCAGCAAAUCAUUUAGACAGUCAACUCAUUUGAAAAUCCAUCAGCUAACACAUACAGAAGAGAGACCUUUUCAAUGUUGUUUUUGUCAAAAGGGAUUUAAGAUUCAGAGUAAACUUCUAAAGCAUAAACAAAUUCAUACAAGAAAAAAGAAUUUUCAAACUAUUUCAUUCAAGAAAAAGAAUCCAGAGCCACGCUCAGUACCAAUUAAAUUAAACUUAAAGCAGGAUGGUUUUGAAAAUGGUGACACACAGGAAUCGGAAGAGAAUUCUCCAAUUGAUGUUGACUCUAUUUAUAUUGUCCCUUUUCAGUGUCCAGAAUGUGAGCAGUGUUUUGAAUCAGAACAGGUUCUCAAUGUUCACAAAUGUUUGCAUUCAGGAGAUGCAAAAAAUACAAACAGCAUCAAAAGAAACCGCAACUACAAAACUAAUGUUAAAGGUAAAGUUUUGACUAAGCUUAGGCGUCCUGGGGAUAAGCAGUUAGAUGCCUUUCGGUCUGACAAAAAGAAAUUUAAAACUAGGUUCUUGAAAAAUCGUGAUCAUCUUAGUGAGCAAAGCUCUGAUCAGAAUGCCUCACCUAAAACCUUUAAGAAUCCUCAUGGCAAAUUUGGAUCUUACAAAAAAGUUAAUAGUACUAAAAAGAAAAGACAUUUGCCAUUUUCCUGGCAAAAGCAAUUGCAGAGCCCUAGUGCUGAGGUUAAUUUGAAAGGUACUAUUAAUAGUGAAGGUAUUUUAAAUGUAGAUGAUUCAGUGAAUAAUGACAUAACAAUUUAUAGUCCAUCUGGUGAGGAGUUCUUUGAUGACCCUGAUGCACUUCAGCGUGCGCUUUCAACUUCCACUGAUGAUAUGCUUUCAAGACAUAAAAUGUGUCCAUGUGACAAAUGUGAAAAGGUUUUUCCUUCAAUAUCCAAACUUCAGAGACACUAUCUAAUUCACACUGGACAGAGACCUUUUGGCUGUAAUGUUUGUGGGAAGUCAUUUAGACAGUCAGCUCACUUAAAAAGGCAUAAGCUCACUCACAUUGAAAAAAUCCCUUUUAAAAGGCCUAUUUACCAGGUAGAAUUUGAAAAUUUAAGCAAACUUUUCACUCAUCAAGGAGAUAAUUCUCAGUUGAUGGGUUAUUCUGAGGCUUCUGAUGCUCAGGAAUAUAAGGUGACUGACUCAAGUGAAGUAUCAGAAUUCAAAGUUAGUACAGAAUCAGGGGAUUUCAUUCUUGUCACUCAUGGUAGAAAUAUGCAGCCCUAUCUGUCUAAGAAACUGUUGGAGACAGAGCAGAGGCGUUAUAGCCGUUACCAUGGCUAUUCAGGAAGUGCUGAGAAGAAUGAAGGCCUGCUUUACCAGUGUAGUGUUUGUUUUAAAAGUUUCAGGUCUCCAUCCAAACUCGAAAGACACUAUUUAAUUCAUGCAGGACAGAAGCCAUUUGAAUGUUCAGUGUGUGGCAAAACGUUUAGACAGGCACCCCACUGGAAGAGACACCAGCUUACUCAUUUCAAAGAACGACCCUAGGAAAAUAUGGCUGUCUUAAAAUUGGUUAUAUAACUGACAGAAUCGCCAACACAAUUGGUGCUAGGCAGACCGCUGGCAAUAUCCCUGGAGAUUUAGUUUUUAAAGUCUAUUGUAUUUGGAAUGUGUGAUUAUCAGUGGGUCUACAUUAGCUGAAAGGCCGGGACUGUGUCUUAUUCAUCUUUGUAUGCAUGCCUUUCAGCACCUAGCAUAGUGCCUUGCAUAUACUAGGCCUCAAGUGUUUGUUGAAUUGAAUGGAACUGAAAUUGAGUGAAUUAAUAUGCAAUUGCUUGUCGUGCAUGAUAAGGUCAUAGGAUGAGAAAAUAGUAAAUAUAUUGUUUAUGUGUAUCCACCCAUUUAAAAAACGAUACUUGAGUGUCCAGUGUUUUAUUUUAAUGUUGCAAAUAUAUGUGGUGGCUAUAUUAAAAGUAUUAUUGAAAAUCAUAAUAUGAUAUUCAUUUAGUGGGAUUAUUCCUUACAUUGUGCCAUCUCUUUACGUGUACACAAAAUCCAAGAGGCAGAAGAUUGUUCCCACCCAGAAAGUAAUAAACAGUCUUCACUGUGGUCCCUUUGUAUUCCAUAUGACCUGAAAGUAUAACUGACAUUUAUGUAGUGCUUUAUGGUUACAAAAUGCUUUAGAUAGAGCAUGCAUUUGAUUCUCACAACACACUAUUGAGGUAGGUUUUGCAGGCAUUACCUCCCAUUUUUAGAUAAAGAAAUUGAUACUGAAAAGUCAAGUGAUUUUGCCCAUGGUUACACAGGUAUGUGUUUAGUGGUAGAGUGGGCCUGGGCUGAAUAUCGGGUCUUUUGACUAUUGUCCAUUUACUACUUAAUUUUCAUGGCAGAAUCCUCUAAUAGCUUUUUUUUUUUUUAAAUGAGAAUUAAUGGAAAUAAAAAUGAAUGAAAAAUUCUUAUAGCAACAUUCUGGUUGCUAAUUUAACCUCUUUGAAUCUUAGGCUUCUUCAUAAAGAGAGAAUAUGAAAUGUUUAUUAAAUUGAAUUGACUAUAGUAAUAUUGCAUUUCUUUUCAGGAGAUAGAAGCAGAUCUUUUCCUUCACCUGCUUUGGUCAAAGGUCUGUGGUUCUUAACUUCUUGAGUCAUGGACCCCAUUGGCAGUUUCAUGAAACCUAUAAAUCCCUUUUCUCAGAAUAACAUUUUUAAAUGCAUAAAACAAAAUGCAUAGAAUUAUAAAGGACACCAAUUAUAUUGAAAUACAGUUGCCAAAAUAGUAAGAAAACAAGUUCUCAGACCCCCAAUUAAGAAUCCCUGACCUAGGCAAAGAUUGUUUUUAAAAUACAUUUGAAAAGUGGUGCAAAAGCUAGGCUUUACCCCUGCCAUAUUCAGUUGUCAGGUCAUGAAUAUUUUAUAGCUUCCUUAAUCUUUUUGGUAAUGGUGAUUAGAUUUUCAUCUUAGAAACUUAAUAAAGCUCUUCAACCCACUUUCUUUAUGGUAACUACUAGAUAGGUCUGCCAACAUUAUUUAGUUGCAGAUCAGUGGCCUGUCACUGAGCCCCAUCUCCCUUAUACCCGAGUUCCUUUUCAUAAAACUCUCAACUCUGCUUUUCAUGUAGUGGUGCCACUUCAGAUAUCAACAACUGCAUCUAGUAUGUGUUAUGUUAUCCAUCUCAAAACUCUUACAGAAUUCUUAUGUUAGAUAAAUACUUUGGUUUUAAUCCUUUCUCAAACAAUUAUGCAGCAUCUUGAUAUAUUUGAAAGCAGAUUUGAUUUGGAGUCAAGGGAAGGCAGUCUUAGGGGUGACUGUGGGUAAGUUAUUUACUGUCUGAUUGUCAUCUGCAAAGUGAGCCAGGAUUGGAUUAGAUGAUCUAAGUUCUCACAUAAGUCUAAAUCUAUUAUCUUAAGUAUUUGGAGAUUAUUCCUGUUUGUUAGAUGUUCAUCUUGGAGAAUGUAAUAAUCACUUUACAAAACAGAAUUCACUUUUUGGAAAACUUUUAUUAAUUGUAAAGGAAGUGUGAAUGCAACUUUUUUUUUUGAUUUAAGGAUUUAAUCUUAUUUGAAAUAAGGAAUUCUGGUAAAGUAUAGAGGUAGCAAGGACUAAGAAAUAGGGAGCUGGAUUUGCAAUUAGGAAGACUUGGAUUCAAAUUCUAGAUCAGCCAUUUACUAGCUUUGUGUUCCCUGCAAAUUAUUUAACUUCUAUGCACCUCAGGCAAUUUCUUUGGCUAAGGAGUUUUAGAGAAGUUGCUUUUUACUUUGGUGGACUUAGUUAAAAUCAAUGGUGUUCUUGAAGGAAAAGAAUCAGCAUAUGGAAUAUAAAACAGGUGAGUACCUAUAGGAAACAAACACUGUAAGAAGUUCAUAUCUUUCCUUUUUUUUUUUUUUUUUUUUUUUUUUUAAUUUUCCUUGAGGCUCAUUUCCGAAAAGGAGUUCGGAUAAAGUAUGAAAAGUUUCGGAAUCUGUUUUGAGAGCAUCCCUACUUUUGGGGGCUUAAUAUUUAUAAAGAAAAAAAUAUAUACAUGCAUACACACACAGAGAGAAAUUUGACUUUUCACAAUUUCUCCAGUAAAAAUACCCAAAUAACAGGGCUCAUUAUGUUUUUUUUU